AUGGUCUGGGCCUGUGGUAAUGAUGGUCCAGAGGCAGGGCCUACACUAUUAAUGAUUGACUCGGCCUGUCCCCAGACCCAAUUAGUUAAACUUUCUGAAUAUAUUGGGAAGAAAUACGUGAUACUCUUUUUCUAUCCUCUGGAUUUCACAUUUGUCUGUCCCACAGAGAUCACUGCUUUCAGUAACCGGUAUGCAGAUUUUGAGAAGUUAAACACCGAGAUAUUGGGUGGUGUUUCAAUUGACAGUGUGUAUCCAUUGGUUUCAGAUGUGACAAAAUCUAUUUCAAAAUCUUAUGAUGUGCUGAUACCAGCUCAGUUAUGA